CCCCCACGCUCAACUCACCACCAGAAGAAACUGGAGAUGACAAAGGCAUUCACCGUUGCUAUUAGCGGCCCCUCCUGCUCCGGUAAAUCCACCUGCGUCCGUUUCAUCCGACGAAUAUUUCCAAACACCACCAUCGUCUACGAAGACGACUUCUACCUCCCCGAUUCCGAACUCCCCAUCGAUUCAGAAACGGGGUAUCAAAACUGGGAUACAGCCGAAGCUAUCAAUUUCGAUAAGUUGGUUGAUGUGUUACGGUAUACGAAACGUGAGGGAAGGCUACCGGAGGGGUAUACGAGUCGGGAGGAUACGUGGGAGACUGGGGGUUCGAAAAGCGUGUCCACAGAGGUCUUGGACGAAUUACAGCAAAUGGUCCAGCAACGACUGAAAGAGAAGGGGGUAGAAGAUUCACGGUUGGUGUUUGUGGACGGCUUCAUGCUCUACAACGAACAACCGGUUUUGCGCGAACUAUCCCUAAAGCUCCUCCUCCGCGCCCCGAAAGACAUCCUCGCCCAACGCCGUAUCGAUCGGGGUCCAUACAUCACCGCGGAAGGGGAGUGGUCUGAUCCACCCGGGUACUUUGAGUUGGUGUGGAAGUCUUAUGUGGAGUAUCAUAAGAAUUUGUUUGAGGGAGGGGAUGUGGAUGGGGAGUUGAGGGGGGAGAUGAAGGAGGGGGGAAUGGAGGUUAGUGGGUUGGAUGGGGGGAAUGAGGAGAGGUUGAGAUCCGAAUAAUUACCAGCGGGGAGGCCUCGAGGAGACGCGGCUGUGGCUGGUGGCGCAACUCCUCUCACCUUCAACAGCAACCCUAUAA